UAAUGUCAUAGUGACAGCAUGUGACACUGUGCAGGCAGUAAUUCACACCAGUAGAUUUCCUUUGACAAGAAUUAAGUAAUCAACUACUAAAUAAACAACCGCAGAAGCAGAAGUACAGUGAAAACAUCAGCAACAGUUCGGACUCUGACAUUUAACUUGAAGCCCUCAUUUAGGAUCGCAGCAUUCAAGAUGAACAGGAAACCAACCGCACCAACUGGGAAAACUGAGGAAGAAGCUGAUUAUGUUAACUCAGCAGUACACACAGUGGAGAAAACAGCCACCACUCCAGACCAGAAGUUUGGCUCCUUCACUCGCUCUUCUUCACCAGUGGCAGGGUGUUGGGUGAUACUGAUCGUUAUCAUGGCCCUUCGUAUUUACUUUACUUCAGUCAUUUCUGAAAAAAAUGGCAUGCUGACUGCAGAAAACCAGGAGCUGACAAACAUCAUUCACAAACUGAACUCAGCUCUCAACGACCUGAACAAAUCCUAUGCUGCCUUAGAGAGUAACUACACAGACGUGAUCACAGAAAACCAGGAACUGGAGACAAAGAAUCAGCAGCUGGAGACACAGAAGAAAACCUUGACUGAUAUGUUAGAAGACAUGGAGACAGAGAGGAAUGAGCUGAACGUGAGUCGAGCUCAGUGGAGCAUUGAUCAAUACUGCCCCAUAGUGGGAGCUGCAAGACAGUGUAAGUCCUGUCAGGCAGGCUGGUUACAUGACGAGUCCAGCUGCUACGUGAUGAAUGAUGUUAGACCUCCUAAUCAGAAAACCUGGGCUGGAGCACAAGUGGUCUGCAAGGAAAAGAUUUCAGAACUGGCUGUUAUAAAUAAUGCAAAGGAGAAGCAAUACAUCAGUGGAAACAGUUGGUACUAUCCAGGAAUCAAUGGAUACUGGAUUGGCCUGAGAGUUGUAGAUGGGAAGUGGACGUGGGUCGAUGGAAGUAAUCUGACUGACAACUCCUGGAUACAACCAGCGACUCCUACUGAAGGUCACUGUGCCAUUUCUGUCACAGACAACAUCCCAAACAACGGACUGAAAUCAGUGGCCUGCAGUGAAAUGAACGCAUGGAUCUGUGAAAAGAAGGCUUUGUCUCUUACACCACCUUAGUGAGACUUGAGAAGGUUACCAGAUUGUGGUGCAGUGGUUAGCGCUGUAGCUUCACAUCAAGAAGGUCCUGCACUGGAUACCUGACAGACAGCAGACAUUCAAAUGGCUCAAUCGCAGCAAAAGAAAAGGUAGCAGCUGCUAGCUUGUUUGCAAAGCUCUAUGCCAUUAGCAACCAGGUUAUUUUUAGCAUCACUUGCCUCACAAACUUGGAGGUUGUUGGGGAUUUUAGAAAGAGUAUAUAUGCAGAUAACAGAAACUUGUUCAGUUUCUAACCCAGUUAGCACAAAGCACACACGCACACAAGUAAAACAGCUGUAAACAAAGUUCCUCAAUCUGAAAACUCCAUUGAUUGAUUGAUGGUGUGAUUGUGGCAUUCAGCAGAGUUGUCCAUGCAUGAAUAUAUUGUACGUUAAAAGCGAGAAGAGAACAAGAGAGAGAGCAAGAGGACUUGUUGAAUGUAACUAACUAGCUAGACUAGACUAACACAUAUCUCCCUGCUGGCCAUGAAGAACUAUAUCAGGCUGUUGCUGUUCCUUCAUGUGUUCAGCUGUCUGUUUAUCUUCAAGCAUAUUCCUGUUGUAUUUAAUAAAAU